AUGGAUACGACAGGCCCAGCGUCGCCUCCAGCACUGCAAGGAUCGCAUCUGAGGACUGCGAUCCUUUCGCCGCCAGUGCCUUACAUGCCUAUUCAAGAACUUAGUCAAGCAAAUUCCAUUGUUAUUCCAGAGUGUGGAAGACUGGUGCUGCCAGCCCAAUUGCCACCUUAUGACGAUGGACCGUGUGUUUGGUUCGCUGCUAUCCCACCACCAUUGACAAAGUCCAACCUUGCGUCUGUGUGUGCGCACUUUGGGACAGUGAAGGCACUGAUCUUUCCCCCUGCGCCUUCAAUAGACAAGGCCCUCAUGAUCUUCAAGACACCAAGGGAGGCCACACUGUGCUGCCACACCCUGCUUGCCAACCUCACUGCCGCAAAUGCAGGCCGCAGAAUGUGUGCCACCAUUCCAGGCGCUCACAACCCUCCCACAGAGGAGCCUCUUGGUACCUGCAUCUGGUUUGGGGGCUCUUGUGGAGUGGCGACAGAGGCAGAACUGCAGAGGGCACUGUCCGCAGCUGGCCUGCCCAACCCUCGUCACAUCAUCCGGGUCACUGGCACAACCCCCGGGCUCAUAUUCGAGCUGCAAAGCAUCUCGUUCGUGCCCCGGUCGCUCCAGUGCCUGAUGCCUGUCGCGCAAGAAGGGGACCGUCAGCCGCCGCCUGCAACUACCCCCGCCCCUUGGCCGACAAGGGCCAGCGGCGCCGAGUCCAUGGCCCUUCCACCUCACCUGCUACCCCCUCCGGAGCCUUCCCCUAUGGACAUCGCAGCGCCAACUGUUCCCCCACCCCACCCCCCACCCCCUCCAUGGCAUCAAACGGUGGACUUGCAGAGGGCUCCCUCAGGCCCCAGCACUAGCUCUCUACCUGAAGCACUGCCACGGCCUCCCAUUGCACCCCCUUCAGCACCCCCACCCCCUCUCCCACCCCCUGACCAGCCACCCCCGCCCCCGCCACCCCCGCCCCCAUAUUCCCAACCCCCACUGCCAGACUCCUCCCCACCUCCCCCACCGCCCCCGCCGACCAACCCAAAGGUGGAGCAUCCAGAGCCACCUUCGCGGAGGAGGACAACCCGUUUUUCGGACUUGCCUGCCGCGGAGGGUCGCUCUGUGGGACCUGCUGUGGCCAGUCCUGCUGGAGGCACAUUGGGCCCCCCGUGGGUGGGGCACCUGGCCAAGAGCGGGAUGAACCUGUGCAAGGUGUUGUGCAGCGCAAAGCCAAAGGUGUCCGACGGGGGUCUGGAGGGCCAGGAGCCUCUGGGUUGGCCGACUGUGCUGGACGUGCGCAUACGCGUGGACCUGUCGAGUGUCCUGAAGCAGAUGUUUCAGAGCUUCACACCGGACAAGAGGGCGAUAAGGAGGCUGAUGCCCGUGUCUGCCGCCUCUGACAAGGGCCCGUUGUUGGACUUUGUCAAGUAUUUGACGACCCGGUCGCGUGCUGGGGUGGUACACCUCGACAAGAAAGAGGGCGUGGGACCCAGGACACUGUAUCUCAUCCCGCCUUCGAAACAAAACUGCGAGUUGAUGGGCGUGGGCUGGGAGCCAAAGGAAUCUGUCAUAGUAUUGGUGGUGAGUGGCGAGGGCGGGAAGAGGGCUUGA